AUGAAUACUCCAAACAAUAAUAAAUAUAUCAAAGGAAGCCCUGAAUGGGAAAAAAGAAUAAUCGGACUAGUUGGUAAAGAAAUAGAUCAAGAGUUUAAAAAAGGACAAAAAAAGCCAGACGGCACCGAAGUAACGGCUGAUCAAGAAACCAUUAAAGUCAAUGAUGUCAAGCAACUAUUAUCUGAAAUAAAAUCACAAAAGCAAAUUGUUGAGAACAAAUUGGAAGAAUUAGGCAAAAAAAAAGGCUACAAAGGUGAAGCCCUGGCCCUUUUUAAGUUAAUCAACGAUUUAGAACCCAAGAUUAAGGAUUGA